AAAAUCUAUCAUGGACGUAUGCGUGGUGGAUGUCAAGACUAGAUGACAAGAUAGCUGUCAUUGGGCAUUCAGUGUAAACAGUGUGAAGGAAAGGAGACAGUAGAGUGUCCUGUGUUAAUGCAGGAAGUAUGAAGAGGAAAGAGGUUGCAGGAAUACAAGGGCUAGGACGAGGAGAGGUCACUAAAGAGGAGACUGACUCGGUGGAAGGGAGACAAAUUAUAUUUAAGCUUUCGAAAGCAAUCGGACUUUUUAAAAGGUCUGUAAUAGAAUGAGGAUGGUGGACGAUUAGAUCCAGUAGGGGGCAGUAAUGCAAUUUACGGGACGAAAACUACCGUAAAAAAACUUCAAAGAGAAGGAGAACUGUCAUUGAGCAGCGCUCUUCCCCUCAGUAGUCUUUGGUAUUCGUUACAGAGAAACCCAAAAACAAUAUGGCAGUUGAAAAACUCAGGAAAGAAGAAACUCUCGAAAUGAGGAGGAGAUUAAUCGGGCAGUCAUGUAGACUGUUUUAUUCAGACGAUCCUGUGAAAAUAGUGAGAGCGAGAGGCCAAUAUCUAUUUGAUGAAAACGGCGAGCGCUAUCUGGACUGCAUCAGCAACGUUCAUCAUGUGGGCCACUGUCACCCCAGCAUCACUGCAGCUGCAGCAGUACAGAUGGACCUGCUGAACACAAACUCACGAUUCCUGCACGACAACAUAGUCACGUAUGCAGACCGGCUGGCUGCCACCCUGCCCGAGAAGCUGUGCGUGUUCUACUUUGUAAACUCUGGUUCAGAGGCCAAUGAUCUUGCCCUUCGCUUGGCUCAGCAGUACACCCAGCACGAGGACGUCAUUGUGCUUGACCAUGCAUACCAUGGGCAUCUAAUGUCUCUCAUUGACAUUAGUCCGUACAAGUUCCGGAAACUGGCAGGACAGAAAGAAUGGGUUCAUGUGGCACCGUUACCAGACACCUACAGAGGCGUAUACGGAGAGGAUCACCCCAACCCCGGCCAAGCAUACGCUGAUACAGUGAAAGACCUAAUAGAGGAGGUGCACAGGAAGGGUCGUAAGAUCUCGGCCUUCUUUGCUGAGUCAUUGCCAAGUGUCGGAGGACAAAUCAUCUUGCCCCGAGGAUACUCGACUAAAGUCGCAGAAUACGUGCGCUCAGCUGGCGGAGUGUUUGUGGCAGACGAGGUGCAGACGGGUUUUGGCCGCGUGGGAAGUCAUUUCUGGGCGUUCCAGCUGCACGGGGAGGGUUUCUGUCCCGACAUAGUGACCAUGGGUAAACCCAUGGGCAAUGGGCAUCCCCUGGCAUGUGUGGCUACCACUGUAGAAAUAGCCGGAGCUUUCACAGCCAAUGGAGUGGAGUACUUUAAUACGUUCGGAGGGAACCCGGUGUCCUGCGCUAUUGGCCUUGCAUUGCUCGAUGUGAUAGAGAAAGAGGACCUGAGAGGAAACGCCCAACGGGUUGGAGCACAUCUUAAAGAUUUGCUCACAAAGAUACAAACACGACAUCAAGUGAUUGGCGAUGUCAGAGGUGUGGGACUGUUUGUGGGUGUCGAGCUGGUUACAGACAGGGAGCGUAAGACUCCUGCCACAGAAACAGCAGCACGUGUGGUGAAGAGGUACCGUGUCGUAAUACUGACGACAUACAGCCAGAUUUUCUUGUAUUCAGUCUCUGCCGAGUGGUUUGUUGAUAUAACUCCAUGUUCCUUUUACAUUAGGUUAAAAGAGGAUGAUAAAAUCUGUAUCAGUACAGAUGGACCCUGGGAAAACGUUGUGAAGUUUAAACCUCCGAUGUGUUUCAGUAUGGAGGACGCAGAGCUGGUGGUUCAAUGUAUUGACCGCGUCCUCACAGACAUGAAAGCCAGUGACAGUUAAACCGGAAAAGGAAGACAUCUAAGGUGUUCACAGCCAUUUUAAGGCAUGAAUGAGAUGCAGUCACAUAGCUGAUGAAACACAGCCAGUGGGAGGAGUUGCCAGCUUUGGCACAUUGUUGCCAUCGUGGUCCACUACAAGAUGCUAAUGUAACACUAAUGAACUCCCAGUUAUAUUUUUCUUCUUCAAAUAAAAUCAUUUUAUCUUUAAA